CCCUGCCCUUAUCUUAGCCUUCACGAGAAAUUUAUUCCCAAUAACGGGGACAGUACUGUAUUUUCUCCGCGAUUUUAUCUCCUCUCUGCUUAUGAUAACUAUCUUCGUCCAUUCCGCAAUCGGACAAUCGGCCCCAAAGUCAUCCAAACUUCAUUUUAGAUCCUCGAUCAAUGGCGACUCUCUCCGCGUAUUCUCCUCCAUGGCCAAAUGCAAACCCUAACGGUAAUCUUCUCUCUCCGGAAGAUGCCGCCGAAGGACUCGAGUCAGUAUCACAAUCCCAAUCUUACGACUCGCUUUCUUCAAUUAUGCCUCAAGAUCAUCUUACGGAUCAGCUAACUCCAGUCAAUCCUACCCCCAGUUAUAGUGCCCCUGUGUCUGUGUCUGUGUCUUCACCACCUGAGUCCACCUCCGCGCCGGCGACUGUUUCUCUACUUCACGUUUCAUUCAAUCAAGAUUUUGGAUGUUUCGCGGCGGCCACGGACCACGGGUUUCGCAUCUACAACUGUGAUCCUUUCCGGGAGAUCUUCCGCCGGGACUUUGAUCGUGGCGGAGGUGGGAUCGGAGUCGUAGAGAUGCUUUUCCGUUGUAAUAUUUUGGCCCUUGUUGGCGGUGGGUCCGACCCUCAGUAUCCUCCUAACAAGGUUAUGAUCUGGGACGACCAUCAGAGCCGCUGCAUCGGGGAGCUCUCGUUCAGGUCUGAGGUUCGAUCAGUGAAGCUUAGACGGGAUAGAAUUAUUGUGGUCCUGGAGCAGAAGAUUUUUGUGUAUAAUUUCGCGGAUUUGAAGCUAUUGCAUCAGAUUGAGACGAUUGCAAAUCCCAAAGGGCUCUGUGCAGUGUCGCAGGGGGCGGGUUCAUUGGUGUUGGUUUGUCCAGGGUUGCAGAAGGGCCAGGUUAGGGUGGAGCAUUACGCGUCGAAACGGACCAAGUUUAUUAUGGCACAUGAUUCGAGAAUUGCCUGUUUCGCUCUCACGCAGGAUGGGCAGUUGCUUGCCACUGCCAGCACAAAGGGAACUCUGGUUAGAAUUUUCAACACGGCUGAUGGUACUCUGCUUCAAGAGGUAAGAAGGGGUGCUGAUAGAGCAGAAAUUUAUAGUUUGGCAUUCUCUUCAACUGCCCAGUGGCUGGCAGUCUCAAGUGACAAGGGUACUGUCCAUGUUUUCAGCCUUAAGAUUAAUCCUGGAUCCCCAGUGACUGACAAGUCACGAAAUACACCUGAUCAUAAUGCUGCAGUUACAUCUCCUAGCUCAUCUCUGUCCUUCUUUAAAGGUGUUUUGCCAAAGUAUUUCAGUUCAGAGUGGUCAGUGGCUCAGUUUCGCUUAGUUGAGGGUUCUCAGUACGUUGUUGCAUUUGGUCACCAAAAGAGUACAGUGGUAAUUCUUGGCUUGGAUGGAAGCUUCUAUCGAUGUCAGUUUGACCCAGUGAAUGGCGGAGAGAUGACCCAACUGGAAUAUCACAACUUCUUGAAGCCAGAAGCAACCUUCUGAAAGGGCGUGUAUAUUUUCAGUAUCUUGGAGAUGCGCAUAUAAUGUGUACUGUUUUUCUCUUUCUUUUUUUUUUUUUUAAUAUUCUUUUCCGUGUUUCCCCCCAAUUAACUUAUCCUAAAAAUGGCCGCAUCAUGUUGUAAAUAUGUAGCUAUGCAUUUGUAAAGCAUGUAAGAAAAAAAGGAAAAGAAAAAGAAGAAAGAGAAAAAUUGAGGAGA